AUGGGGGGCGAUGGAGCAAGGAGCGCCCUUGGUCCACUACAGGUUGGAGUACACCUCAUUGUGUUUCUUUGUAUAAUGGGACACUCAAAGUGCUUUGCUGAAGUGACCAACAGUCAGAUACCAGGGAUUCAACUUUCUGGCAGAGAUGGGGUGAAUCUGACAGCAUCUAGUACUAGACACCAACCUCUGGUUUUUAAUCAUGUCUACAACUUCAAUGUCCCUCUUGGAUUUCCAUGCACAAUGGAACCAGAAUCUCCUGAAGAUGCAAGUUGGGUUUCUCAACAGACAGAAAAUACACCAGAUGCUGGGAGCCAGAUCACCUUUACACACAGUAUCCGUGUCCCACAGAGGUUAUGUCAGUGCUACACAGCUCCACAGUCCGUACAGCAUCUCCUGAGCAGGAUUGAAGCUCUGGAGAGGGAGGUGAUGUUACUCCAGGAACGAUGUAAUGAGAGAGGAUGUCAAGAUGCAGAGGCCACAGGUCUCACUGAAUUUGCACCUCCCUGCAGUGGACAUGGAAACUAUAGUCUGGACUCCUGCGUAUGCAGCCAAGGUUGGGGAGGUGAAAACUGUUCGGAACCUCUGUGUCCCCUAGGCUGCUCCGGAAGAGGUACCUGCAUAGAGGGCAUCUGCGUGUGUGAGCCGGAUUACACAGGGGAGUGGUGCACAGAUCUGUUAUGCCCUGAGGAGUGCAGCCCGCAUGGGCACUGUCAAGACGGGCAAUGCGUCUGCCAAGAACCAUACACCGGUACCGGCUGUACAGAGCUCCGCUGCCCAGGUGACUGUUUGAGAAAAGGACGUUGUGCCAAUGGGACCUGCGUUUGCCAGGAUGGUUAUGCCGGAGAGGACUGCGGGCGCAUGUGGUGUGUGAAUGCCUGCAGUGGGCGAGGGCAAUGCCAGGAGGGUGUCUGUGAGUGCGAGGAGGGUUACAGUGGGCAGGAUUGUUCAGAAGUUGCCCCACCGGUGGAUUUCAGUGUUUCAGCAGUGGGGGACCACUGGAUAGACUUGGUAUGGGAAGGCACGCCUGCUGUGACCGAGUAUGUAAUCUCUUACCAGCCAGCAAUGCCAGGAGAGUGGGGACCCCAACAGAGGCUACAGCAGAGGGUCCCAGGAGACUGGAGUGCUGUGACCAUACGAGAACUAGAGCCGGGGACGACAUACAAUGUCAGCGUAUGCUCGGUCAUCAGCGACAUCACCAGCGAGCCAGCCAGUAUCACCACCUCCACACAUAUCUCCCCACCUAGAGGACUGCAAUUUAAAAAUGUGACUCAGACCUCCGUGGAGGUGCAGUGGGAACCUCCCCCAUUUGCUAUUGAUGGCUGGGAAAUCAGUUUCACCCCUAAGAAUAACGAGGGUGGGCUAACCGUUCAGCUCCCCAGCAGUGUCACUUCUUAUAACCAGACGGGUUUGAAGCCUGGGGAGGAGUACACCAUCAGCAUCAUUUCCCUAAAGGAGCAGGCAAGGAGCCCCCCAACAUCGGGCAGUGUUUCAACCGCCAUUGAUGGCCCUUCUGACAUCCUGGUUCGAGAUGUUUCUGACACAGUAGCUUUCGUGGAAUGGACUCCUGCUAGGGCCAAACUGGACUUCAUCCAGCUGCAGUAUGGUCCCAUCAAUGGAGAAGGAGAUAAGACCACCUUCCGCCUGCAGCCCCCUUUGAGUCAGUACUCCAUGCAAGUUCUGCGACCUGGGUCCCAGUAUGAGGUGUCGGUGUCUGGCAUCCGGGGAGAUAUCCACAGUGACCCUGUCAAUGCCACCUUCACAACAGAGCUUGACGCACCCAAGAAUCUACGCGUUACAUCCCGUGCAUCAUCAACCUUAGAAAUGGAGUGGGAUAACAGUGAUGCAGAGGGUGAUGGGUAUCGAGUGGUGUUCAGCACCUUAGCUGGAGAUCAGUACCAUGAACUAAGGGUUCCACGCAAUGCUGGACAGACCACAAGAGCCACGCUGACAGAUUUGAUCCCAGGAACAGAAUACGGAAUUGGAAUAUCUGCCAUCCGAGAUAAUCUUCACAGCGCUCCCGCAACAAUGAACGCCCGGACUGACUUGGAUAACCCAACUGAGCUCAUGGUCACAGGCUCCACUGACAAGACCAUCUCCCUAGCAUGGACCAAAGCUGUGGGCCCUAUUGACCAUUACCGUAUUUCUUUCACACCCUCAUCUGGUAUGGCUUCUGAAAUCACCGUUCCCUCUGAAAUCUCCCAGUAUGACCUCACAGACCUCGAACCUGGAACCGAAUAUACCAUUACUAUCAUCGCAGAAAGGGGACGGCAGCAGAGCAGAGAGACUACAGUGGAUGCUUAUACAGGUUUUCGGCCAAUCACCCAACUGUAUUUCUCUGGUAUCUCAGCAUUUAGUGUCAAUGUCUCAUGGACUGAUCCCUCUCCACCAGCUGACAGGUUCAUCCUCAGCUAUACCCCCAUAGGUGGUGAUGAACCUAUAGAGCAAUCUCUUGAUGCUUCAACACGCCAAACACAGCUAAUGGACCUGCUGCCCAGCACAGAGUACCUGGUCACUCUACUGCCUGUCCAUGGGACAUUGAGAGCAGAGCUAGUGGAGGGGACAGUAACGACAGGGGUGGCACCUCCUAUGGACGUAUCUGCUAUAAACGUAACUGAGGAUUCAAUGGCGGUCGUUUGGAGACCACCACCUUCUUUUUUCCACCACUACCGCCUGUCUUACCAGUCUACUAAAGGGAGGAUGGACAGUGUGGUCCUUGCCAAUGAUCGGACUCAAUACAAACUCAUCAAUCUACAGCCAUCCACCGAGUACAGGAUCAGCCUGAGCAGCAUCUGGGGUCGUGAAGAGAGUGAAAGAGUCACUAUUAUUGCUGAGACAGCCUUGGAUCCUCCGUUUGGCCUGAGGGCCAGUAACGUCACCGAUUCGGGAGCAGUUCUGCAGUGGGAACCACCGAGGGCAGACGUGGAGAGUUAUGUAAUCACCCUGACACACCACACAGGCUCAGGGGAGACAAUUCUCAUUGACGGGGACAGCCAAGAAUUUCAGCUGCAGAAUCUCCUGCCUCGUACCCAGUAUUCAGUCUCUCUGGCAGCAAGCGCCGGUCCCCAAGCCAGCCGGAGUUCUGGCGUCAGCUUCACCACAUUUUUGGAUCCUCCUGCAAACCUGACAGCCUCCGAGGUGUCCAGAACAAGUGCCCUAAUAUCAUGGCAUCCCCCCGCUUCUCACAUUGAAAAUUACAUUCUGACUUACAAAUCUACAAAUGGGUCCCGGAAGGAACUGAUUGUGGAUGCAGAAGACACAUGGAUCCGCCUGGAGGGUCUUCUGGAGAGCACGGAAUACAAUGUCACUAUCCUGUCAGUUCAGGAUGGAGAACGAAGUGCUAUCGUUCACACCAUGUUCACCACAGGAGGAAGAGUAUUCGCCUAUCCACAAGACUGUGCGCAACAUCUACUAAAUGGAGAUACCCAGAGUGGCGUAUAUACCAUCUACCUCAAUGGUGACCAGAGUCAGAGUGUGCCAGUAUUCUGUGACAUGACCACUGAUGAUGGAGGAUGGAUUGUGUUUCAAAGGCGCCAAAAUGGACUCACAGAUUUCUUCCGUAAGUGGGCUGACUAUCGAGUAGGCUUUGGUAACCUUGAGGAUGAGUUUUGGCUUGGGCUGGAUACCCUCCACCAGACAACUUCGCAGGGCCGCUACGAGCUCAGAAUCGACAUGCGAGACGGGCAAGAGUCUGUGUAUGCGUACUACAACAAGUUUUACGUGGGGGAUCCACGCAGUAUGUACAAACUGCGCAUUGGGGACUACAAUGGGACUUCAGGGGAUUCCCUUACCUACCACCAGGGGCGCCCAUUCUCUACCAAGGACAGAGAUAAUGAUGUUGCCGUCACAAAUUGUGCCUCGUCGUAUAAAGGAGCGUGGUGGUAUAAGAACUGUCACCGCACUAACCUCAACGGCAAAUAUGGAGAAUCAAGACACAGCCAGGGAAUAAACUGGUAUCACUGGAAAGGUCAUGAGUUCUCCAUUCCAUUCGUCGAGAUGAAGAUGAGACCAUACAAUCAGCGUACAAUGAAGAAACGUUCCCUUAAUCUCUGAUCUUAGCUGACCCAUCAAUAGACAUAUUUCACCCACAUCUACCUUGUUCUGCCCUC